AGCGCUGACAUCAGCCUUAAAAAGCCAGCGCCGGGGCGUGGGAGGCGAGUGUAAGGCGCGGCUUUGGUUAAUCCGGCGGCGCUCGCAGCUACUCGGCGGGAAGAAGUUUUUGGACACCCACCACCCACCCAUCAUGGCAAACCGAGGCCCUGCUUAUGGACUUAGUCGGGAAGUUCAGCAAAAGAUUGACCGGCAGUACGAUCCUGAGCUGGAACAGAUUCUCAUCCAGUGGAUUGGGGCCCAGUGCGGGCCAGAGAUCGGGGAGCCCCAGCCGGGCAAAGAAAACUUCCAGAAAUGGCUGAAAGAUGGCACGGUGCUCUGCCUGCUGAUCAACAGCCUUUAUCCUAAGGGCCAGGGACCUGUGGCCAAGAUCCAGUCUUCUAGCAUGGCCUUCAAACAGAUGGAGCAGGUUUCUAAGUUCUUGCGCGCAGCCGAGCAGUAUGGCAUCCUUGCCUCGGACAUAUUCCAAACUGUGGAUUUAUGGGAAGGGAAAAACAUGGCCUGCGUGCAGAGGACCCUGAUGAACCUGGGCGGCUUGGCAGUCUCCAAAGGAGAUGGCUUCUUUGCGGGGGACCCCAACUGGUUUCCAAAGAAAUCCCAGGAGAAUCGCCGGGCCUUCUCGGACGACCAACUCCGAGAGGGGCAGAAUGUCAUCGGGCUGCAGAUGGGGACGAACCGAGGGGCUUCCCAGGCGGGCAUGACAGGCUACGGGAUGCCGCGUCAGAUCCUCUGAGCCCGGCCGCCCUGGCCUCCUCC